GCGUGGAUUCCAUCUUCCAGAUUGAGAGACCAAAGUCAAGAAAUUUAAAGUCUUUAAAUUUUGCCCAAACUAUCUGACUCAGUAGGAUGCACAGUUUGGUCUGAAGUAUAAACUCUGAGUAUAAACUCUGCCCUGUAGGUUACAUAUGAAGACAAUUGGCAAACUAUGAAGAAAACUUCCAAGAAGAACAAUAAUUUCAAAGUUCCUGGUAUGGAAUUGAACUCCACGGAUGCUGAAAGGGGAAAAAAAGAGAGUCCAAGUAACUUUGUUGAAAUGCUGCCCCUGGAAGUCACUUCUAAAAUUUUCAGCCAGCUAGACAUUCGGAGUUUAUGCAGAGCUUCCAGGACAUGUACAAGUUGGAACCAUGCAAUAAGAAACAAUGACUCCUUAUGGAAACCCCACUGUUUAACCAUAAGAGCUGUGUGCCAAAGAGAAAUAGAUGAUGGUAUAAAAAAGGGUUAUACCUGGAGGGAAAUUCUCCUAGAAAAUUACCAGAAGAGCAAAGUGAAACACGGGUGGCUAAGUGGCAGAUACAGCAACAUUCGUUCUCCUGUUAGCCUGCCAGAAGAGGCUAUGUGCCCCAUGGAUGCAGAUACGUGGGGGGAAAUUCUAGAUGCAGAACUGGAAAGAGAAGUUUAAAAAAAUCACAAUAGUUUGAUGGCACGUAACCAGAACUACUC